AUGUUUAAACGCGUCGGAGAACACGCUGUGCGGUGUUCGUGCAAAAGGCCUGUCGUUUGGAGGCAGGUCGCAACCCGCAAGUUUUCUGCACACAGCAGUCCGAAUGCACCUGUCGCAUCUACAGCUUCUCCUCUAGGAGGCCUUACGACUGAAUUGGAUCGUAUUGCUCCUCGAUUCGAAGUGCCGGCAUCGAAUAUCACGAUACUUGAUUCCCCAAGCUCUUUUUAUGACACAUUCAAGUACAAAAUCAAAAAUGCGCGACGAAGAAUAUAUCUUUCUACCUUAUAUAUCGGCAAAACCGAACACGAGCUAGUUGAUAUCUUGAAUCAGGCAUUGCGAGACAACCCGAACCUUCACGUCUCUAUUCUUACAGAUUGUUUGCGAGGUACACGAGAGACUCCGAAUCCUUCGUCUGCUUCGCUCCUUGCGCCAUUGGUCGAGGAGCAUGGAGACCGUGUUGAGAUCCGCAUGUUUCAUACGCCGAAUUUAACCGGUUUGCGAAAGAAACAUAUUCCACGACGUAUAAACGAAGGCUGGGGGCUUCAGCAUAUGAAGUUGUAUGGUAUUGAUGAUGAGAUUAUUCUGUCGGGGGCAAAUCUAUCACAAGAUUAUUUCACCAAUCGUGUUGACCGAUACCACGUCUUCGACUCCAAGGAGCUUGCCGACUACUAUGGUAAAAUCCAUGAUGCCGUGUGUCGAUUAAGUUUUCAGGUCCUUCCUGAUGCUAAGAGUGCAGCCGGUUAUCAGUUGAUAUGGCCUGCCUCAAAUAGCGCGAAUUCACCUCUAGAGAAUCCGAAGGAAUUUAUAAACAGAUCAACUACUGCACUGCACUCGUUGAUCCACCCGAUAGCCCAAGAGAAAGCUACGAGUUUGCAUACAACAGAAAAGACCUUUGUCUACCCUGUGGCGCAAAUGACACCACUACUUCAGCCGGACACCUCUACCGAAUUCCCUGCUGUCACUACCAUCCUUCGCUUACUCACGAGCAUUUCUGCGUUCAAAGAUUCUCGGUGGCUAUUUACUGCUGGAUAUUUCAACAUCCAUCCUACACUUUCAUCAUUGCUUAUAGAAAGCACUUCCCAAAUACCUUCUACCAAAGAACAUGCAACCAAGACCCAAGGCACGGUCCUGACUGCCUCUCCGUGGGCUAAUGGAUUCUACGGCUCACCUGGUGUAUCCGGGAUGCUCCCGGCCGCAUACACCCACCUAUCCGCCCGGUUUUUAGACAAAGUCGCAGAAGCCCAACGAACAAACUCAAUCCAACUAAGAGAAUGGCGGCGAGGAACCAUCGGUGAGCCUAAUGGCUGGACAUAUCAUGCCAAGGGUCUUUGGAUCACAUUACCCAACGACAAAUACCCAAGCUUGACUUUUGUUGGAAGCAGCAACUACACAAAGCGUAGUUAUAGUCUUGAUCUUGAAGUCGGGGCUUUGGUUGUCACGUCCGACGAAAGGUUGAAGAAGCGUCUGCAUGAGGAGACGGAAUGGCUGCAGAACCACUCGCAGCCUGUCUCAAGAGAGGACCUACGCAAAACAGAGCGCAGAGUUGGCUGGAAUGUGCGACUCGCGAUGUGGAUUGUAGAAAAGGUUGGCGGCGCAUUGUAA